CCCACUGACUCUAGGUUGAAGAGGCGUUCGGGAUACGAAGCACAUGGUGGGAGCCGUCCCCGAGAAGCAGAUGGAGAGCUAGAUUUGGGGUACGGUGAAGAUUUGCCUGGAGAGAGCACUGAGCUCUGUGUGGUGAAAGUGAUGAAGAAGCCCAGCCCACGUGACAAGCUGUGUCACCUAUCAAACCCCUGCUCACAGCAUGAGCUUGAACAAGUACCACUGAGUCAGCCCCUACCCCAAACAAAGGAUGUAAGUUCUGUGGCUUCUGCUAGAAAUGUACGGAUCUCCAGGUUCAAGAAAUUUUCUAUAAUUCUGCAUUCAUUUAUUUCUCCAGUUUCAAGAGGCUUAAUUCAAGGAUUUAUUCAAGGAUCUUUUGCUCUGAAAGACUGA